AUGCCUCGCAACAAGCGCCUGUCCUCUUCCCCACAGCUCUUCGCAGCGAUUGCUGCCCUCCUACCACCAGCCUAUGCAAAUCACCUUGACCAUGUGGAGCAUUUGACGACAUUAUGGGCAGGCUAUGGAAAUAUAUAUCGUCUUCACUUUGCGUCAGGUGAAGAGGCGGAAGAAGUGCCCUCGAGCGCAGUUCUCAAGUGGAUCGAGCCUCCUCCGAGCGCGGGAGAGGAGGACGAGGAUGAGGAAGAGCAGGAAGGGACGAUGAGAAAGGUUCUCUCCUACAAAGUGGAAGCCAACUUUUACUCCAAUCUCUCACCCAAGUUCUCCAGCGAGCAUCAUGGGACCCCGAAGUUCCUGGCAAGACCUACGCCUUUCACCCUGCUUCUGUCUGACCUCGCAGCGGAGUACGAGCUGAUGCCGACCGGAAGGCAGGACCUCACACUAGAGCAAGCGCUAGCUGGACUAGAUGCUAUUGCACGACUACAUGCUUGCUUUUGGAAUUAUACGGUUCAGGAAGGGAGAGAAUGUCAUGAGCCUCGGGAGGAGAUGCGGGUUUUGAGGAGCGGACAGCAAGGAUGGCAAGGAGAUGGAGUAUGGAAGUGGGGGACCUACAACUACCUACAGACUCGCCAGCCCGGCCUGCAACAGAUCGAUGACCGAUCGCCUUUCGCCAUCUUCAAGAAGGAUCCAGAUCUAGCAUGGGCGAUUGAAGAUGCCAUCCAGAACCCCGAAGGAGGGGUUGGUCUUACUCUAGUCCAUGGCGAUGCGAAGGCUGAGAACAUGGCCUUUCACAGGGUCGCCACGCAUCGAGUGGCACUGUACGACUUUCAAUACAUCGGGGUCGGUGUACCAACGCAAGACCUCAUCAAGUACCUCUGCUGCGUCGUACCGAGCCGUCAUCUCUCCUCCCAGGCGGACGAAAGGGCCUGGCUAUCCUUCUACCAUUCUCGACUCGCAGAGCACCUAGAAAGCUAUGCUUCUGAGCGAGGACGCGCUCCUCCCAGUACUGAUCUGCAGCAAGAGUACCCUCUGAAGCGGUUGCUGGAAGAUUUCGACCUCUCCUUGCUUUCCUGGGUGAGGUUUACCGAGGGGUGGGGCGGUGGCGCGUGGGGUAACGUCAGAUGGCUGCACAGGAGGGCGAGGGCACUCCUGGAGGAACCGAACGGCCAGCAGUGGCUGAAAGGCAUCAGAAGUCGGUGGACACAAAAGCAGCAGAGUGGAAAGUAG